AUGGUUCUAGCUGCUCUGCAUCCCUGGUCCCAAAAUGCAACAAGGGAAGCCAGACGUCUCAUAUUAUCUGUGCUUCAGUCGCAGAAGGAACCUGUCGGCAUCCACGACCUCUUGAAGCUCGUCGUAGAGCAGGAAGCUCAGAAGUCGAGGGCUUCACCCUCAAAUGCGGACCAGCAAACCCUUCCGACAUCUAGCAAUACGCCCGAGCCUCCGUACCCAACCCAUGUUAUCAGGUCCAUGAAGUACCUCAGGAGUAUAGUCCUCCCUGAUCUCAUGCGCACGAAGGACGUUCGACGCGUCUACAUUCAGAAAGAGCUUACUCCCGAGGAAAUCGAGCAACGCAAGCGGACCGUCAAAGGGCACCGCAAGCAGGACACGCUCGCAUCGACGACACACGGCGUCUGGAGGUUCGAGUUCCGCAAUAGGCCUGUGCUGCCGAAGCCGAAGGAAGAGGUGAUUCUUGGGGAGGAGGUGGGCGUCGGGGCCGACUGGUCGCACCUGAACCGCAGGAGGGGGAGGUCGAGGGUUCUGUCGGUGGUGAGGGACGUGAGGUGGCUGAAGAAGCUGGAGAAGGCACGGGAGGAGGCACUCGGGGAGUCUAAUGAGACUGCUACUGUUGCAUCCUCAUAG